AUGGCAGAGCUAGGGAUCUCUCAGGACUGUCACUACCUCUUCGAUGAGAUGCAGCUUACGAGGCUGAUGAUGACUCCUCAACCCGCGUACAAGAAGGAAACCAUCGAGUUCCUCUCCACUCUCCGAGUUAACUUCUACGAGCCUGACGAGAUCGUGCCUGAGGGCCAUGGAAGUGGAAGGUUCUCCUUCCGAAUCAACAAGAGGAAGUACCGGAUGAGUUUCAGAGAUUUGGAGGAUGUGUUCCACUUUGACCACAAGGAGGGACGAGAGACAGAACCGGGAACGCCACCUGCGGAGCUUCAAGCCUUCUGGACCAUGAUUGGCGUCAAUGAGUACAUGUCCAGUACAGCCAAGAGCACGCACAUCAGGAACCCGACGCUCAGAUACGUCCACAAGGCCCUCGCUCACACCAUCUAUGCGAGGCGCGAUGUGACUGGAGUCAAUGAGAAGGAGCUCUUCUUUCUCAACGAGGGAAUGAAGAAGAUCAUUCGGGAACUACCUGAUGGAACAGAGAUGGUCGGGGACAGAUCAGGGAACAGCGUAGCAACCUAUCUCCUCAAGAGCUUCCUCAGCUACAUAGAGUAUGCUCUGUCUCUCAACAGGGUGCAUAAGGCAAGCAGCGGUCAGCUGAGCUGUGGAGGGUUGAUAACACCGAUCCUCAUACACUUUGGGAUCACGCUUAAUAAGCCGGUCGAUCCCCUUGCGAUGAACAUCCAGUACCUCCGCAAGACCACAUAUCUCCGAGGCCAACCCAUCAGCGGACGCCACAACUACCAGUUCGCCUACAGGCAGUUCAAUUUCGGGCUGGCGAGGUUCUUCCUGCCAAACCCGCCCUUGACCUACAUCACGGUCAGGGAGAACAUCGACUUCGAUCCUCCUAUCAAAACUAUCCUUGAACAAGGCCAAGAGGAGGAAGAGUACGAUUACCGAGGGGCAGCUGAUGUGGAAGAAAGCUCAGGAGACGAGGAGAACCUCAUGGACUACAAAACCGGAGAGUUCCACUUCAAGAACCACGAGAUCAAAAGGAGGAAGUCUGCAGCUAACACUGCACUUGAGAGCAUCAACACGCUCAAGGCCUGGAACCAAUUCCCGGACAAAGCGAUCAAGUCCCUCCUCAAGACCGUGAAGAAGAUGGGGAAGCGCAUCAAGCAGCUGACAAAGGGCAAGAGCAAGUCUCCAAGCCACGACUCCGUCAACACUACUCCGAUACACCUCUACUCCAUUCACUCCAACAAUGGCGACGAUGGCGAGAACGUGGUCGCCGAUUCCGAAGAAGGUGACGAAGGCUCCUCAAAAUUCCAAACGGCAGAAACCUCAACCAGAAAGAGGAAAGCCUCAAAGUCACCUCCGGCGAGCACAAAGGAUGAUUCCACAUCAUCCUCCUCCUCAGAACUUUCUGAGAGGUAUUCGGAGCUUAUGGCGAAGGAGCAGACCGGAGGUGAUGAUCGGAGAUGGACCAGAAGGAGAUCGGAGUAA